AUGAAUGUGCUAUGGAUUAUAGCACUAGUUGGCCAGCUGAUGCGGCUCGUUCAGGGAACAGCUACCUGUGCCAUGUAUGGGAACUGUGGGAAAAAGUCAGUAUUUGGAAACGAAUUACCUUGCCCUGUGCCACGUAGUUUUGAACCUCCUGUUCUUUCAGAUGAAACAAGCAAACUUUUGGUUGAAGUUUGUGGUGAAGAGUGGAAAGAGGUCCGUUAUGCCUGCUGUACUAAAGAUCAAGUGGUAGCACUGAGAGAUAACCUACAAAAGGCUCAACCUUUAAUUUCCUCAUGCCCAGCAUGCCUCAAGAAUUUUAAUAACCUGUUCUGUCACUUCACUUGCGCUGCUGACCAAGGAAGGUUUGUCAAUAUUACCAAGGUAGAAAAGUCAAAAGAAGAUAAAGAUAUUGUUGCGGAAUUAGACGUUUUCAUGAAUUCGUCUUGGGCAUCUGAAUUUUAUGACUCAUGUAAGAAUAUUAAAUUUUCUGCUACCAACGGUUAUGCGAUGGACCUAAUCGGAGGUGGUGCUAAAAAUUACAGUCAAUUCUUGAAGUUUUUGGGGGAUGCUAAACCUAUGCUUGGUGGAUCCCCCUUUCAGAUUAAUUACAAGUAUGAUUUAGCAAAUGAAGAAAAAGAAUGGCAGGAAUUUAAUGAUGAGGUUUAUGCUUGCGAUGAUGCUCAAUAUAAAUGUGCGUGUUCUGAUUGUCAAGAGUCUUGCCCCCAUUUAAAACCUUUAAAAGAUGGCGUGUGUAAAGUUGGCCCUCUGCCAUGUUUUUCCCUUUCUGUUCUGAUCUUUUACACAAUCUGUGCACUUUUUGCAUUUAUGUGGUAUUAUCUCUGUAAAAGAAAAAAAAACGGGGCAAUGAUUGUGGACGACGAUAUUGUUCCAGAAUCAGGUUCCUUAGAUGAAUCAGAGACGAAUGUAUUCGAAAGUUUCAAUAAUGAAACUAACUUUUUUAAUGGUAAACUCGCUAACCUAUUUACGAAAGUGGGACAAUUUUCCGUUGAAAACCCCUACAAGAUAUUAAUAACCACUGUUUUUAGUAUCUUUGUAUUCAGUUUCAUCAUAUUUCAGUACGCUACUCUUGAAACAGAUCCAAUUAAUUUGUGGGUGAGUAAAAAUUCUGAAAAAUUCAAAGAAAAAGAGUACUUCGAUGAUAAUUUUGGGCCAUUUUACAGGACAGAGCAAAUAUUUGUUGUGAAUGAGACAGGCCCUGUGUUAUCAUAUGAGACACUUCACUGGUGGUUUGACGUUGAAAAUUUUAUUACGGAAGAGCUACAAUCGUCAGAAAAUAUUGGAUACCAAGAUCUCUGCUUCAGACCAACAGAAGAUUCUACAUGCGUAAUAGAGUCUUUUACUCAGUAUUUUCAGGGGGCCUUACCAAACAAGGAUAGCUGGAAAAGGGAACUGCAGGAAUGUGGGAAAUUUCCUGUAAACUGUCUACCUACUUUCCAGCAACCUCUAAAAACUAAUCUUCUUUUCAGUGACGAUGAUAUUCUCAAUGCGCAUGCGUUUGUUGUAACACUUCUAUUGACCAACCACACUCAAUCAGCUAAUCGCUGGGAAGAAAGAUUGGAAGAGUAUUUAUUGGAUUUAAAGGUCCCCGAGGGCCUGAGGAUCAGUUUUAAUACCGAAAUAUCCUUGGAAAAAGAGCUUAAUAAUAAUAAUGAUAUCUCGACCGUUGCAAUAUCAUACCUGAUGAUGUUUUUAUAUGCUACAUGGGCCUUGAGGAGAAAGGAUGGGAAAACUAGGUUGUUACUUGGAAUAUCUGGUUUACUCAUAGUUUUGGCUUCUAUUGUUUGUGCAGCCGGAUUUUUAACUCUUUUUGGUUUGAAGUCGACAUUGAUCAUAGCAGAAGUAAUACCGUUUCUAAUUUUAGCAAUAGGAAUAGAUAAUAUUUUCUUGAUUACACAUGAGUAUGAUAGAAAUUGCGAGCAAAAACCGGAGUAUUCAAUUGAUCAAAAAAUAAUAAGCGCUAUCGGGAGAAUGUCUCCUUCCAUUUUAAUGUCAUUGCUAUGUCAAACCGGAUGCUUCUUGAUAGCUGCAUUUGUUACAAUGCCAGCUGUCCAUAAUUUUGCUAUAUAUUCCACAGUUUCUGUUAUAUUCAACGGAGUAUUACAGCUAACAGCGUAUGUGUCCAUUUUGUCUCUCUACGAAAAGAGAUCCAAUUAUAAACAAAUUACCGGAAAUGAAGAAACUAAGGAAUCAUUUUUGAAAACGUUUUAUUUUAAGAUGUUAACGCAAAAGAGGCUCAUAAUCAUUAUCUUCUCGGCUUGGUUUUUCACAUCUCUGGUUUUCUUACCAGAAAUUCAAUUUGGGCUAGAUCAAACAUUGGCUGUUCCACAGGAUUCCUACCUGGUUGACUAUUUUAAGGAUGUUUAUAGCUUCCUAAACGUAGGACCACCGGUUUACAUGGUCGUGAAGAAUUUAGAUUUGACUAAAAGACAAAACCAACAGAAAAUAUGUGGUAAAUUUACAACUUGCGAAAGAGACUCAUUAGCUAAUGUACUGGAGCAAGAAAGACACAGGUCAACAAUUACGGAGCCAUUGGCUAAUUGGCUGGACGAUUAUUUCAUGUUUUUAAAUCCUCAAAACGACCAGUGUUGUAGAUUAAAGAAGGGAACAGAUGAGGUUUGUCCUCCCUCUUUUCCAAGUAGACGUUGUGAAACUUGUUUCCAGCAGGGUUCUUGGAAUUACAACAUGUCAGGGUUUCCUGAGGGCAAGGACUUCAUGGAAUACCUAAGCAUAUGGAUUAAUGCGCCUAGUGACCCCUGCCCUCUAGGUGGUCGUGCGCCAUAUUCGACUGCGUUAGUUUAUAAUGAAACGAGUGUGUCUGCGUCAGUUUUCAGAACAGCUCAUCAUCCUUUGAGAUCCCAAAAGGACUUUAUCCAGGCGUAUAGUGAUGGAGUUAGGAUAUCAAGUUCUUUCCCCGAACUAGAUAUGUUUGCAUACUCGCCGUUUUACAUUUUUUUUGUUCAAUAUCAAACUUUGGGACCAUUGACGUUGAAGCUAAUAGGGAGUGCCAUUAUCCUAAUUUUUUUCAUUUCAUCUGUUUUCUUGCAGAAUAUACGCAGCUCAUUCUUACUGGCUUUGGUCGUUACCAUGAUUAUCGUAGAUAUUGGUGCUUUGAUGGCCCUACUAGGUAUCUCACUCAACGCUGUCAGUUUAGUCAAUUUAAUUAUUUGUGUCGGUUUGGGUGUCGAGUUUUGUGUUCAUAUUGUUAGAUCAUUUACAGUGGUCCCCAGUGAAACCAAGAAAGACGCAAACUCAAGAGUUCUCUAUUCCUUGAAUACCAUAGGUGAGUCCGUCAUCAAAGGUAUAACUCUAACCAAAUUCAUUGGAGUUUGUGUACUUGCAUUCGCCCAAUCGAAAAUAUUUGAUGUAUUUUACUUUAGAAUGUGGUUUACACUAAUCAUUGUAGCAGCAUUGCAUGCUCUCCUAUUUUUACCUGCUUUACUUUCAUUGUUUGGUGGUGAAAGCUAUAGGGACGAUUCCAUCGAAGCAGAAGAUUAG